GAUCAGCGGGAAAAAGGAAAGCGCCUGUUGCAGUGUGUAUUAGGGUUCGAAUACUGGCCGCCAUGAGUGCCGGGGAUCGAUUUGUCCAGACUUUGCGAAAGCUGGGAUAUCCCAAUGCCUCCAAGCUAGAAGCAGAAGACUUUGACUGGUUGUUUGAAACCACCGAUGCCAAAGCAUUUCUAGAUUGGUUUUGUGGUACUGUAACACAACAAAAUGUGCUGUCGGAAGAAAAACUACAGGCCUUUAAAGAGUUAAAGGACUCUGGCAAAGCUUUCCUGGAUGACAAAGCUUUAGAUGAAGUCAUGAAGACUUUCAAACCAGCUAGCUCAAAAGCCACUGCUAAGGAAGAAGUGGCCAUUGAGAAGCUCGAGGAAGAGCUUCAAUCCCUGAAAAGCCAACGAAGUCUGCAUUUACAAAGGCGUAACAAGCUUCAGAUGAUCGGAUCUGCCAAUGUCCACUCGUGUCUGAAAUUCAAAGAUCGGGAAGACGAGGAGGCCAAAUUACUGAACAAAACCCUGAAUGACCUGCAAGUCACAAGUAACAAGCUGAACCAUGAGCUCCAGACCGUUGUUGAAGGAAUUCAAAAGCUGAUGUCCUUUUAUGUGCCUCAGGAAAAAGGUUCCACAGCGUCCUCUCCAAUUUUCCUCUUCCAGGUUCUCCUAGACAAAUAUUUAUCUUGUGAAGAACAAAGCACCAAUGCCUUGACUCUCUUUACUAAGGAGCAUUUCUUUGAGGGCCUCUCUAAAUGUAUUGAGGGUUCAGAGAAUGACUUUCAGCUUGUUCAGCUCGAUGGAAACAGCGGAGAUGACCCUGUGCUUGAGGGCAAGUGUAAGGAAAUGAUGAGACUUCAGCUGGCGUACAUCAGUGCCAAACACAAGCUGAUACAAACAAAGGCCAAGAGAUCAAGUUUGGUGACGGGUCUACAAUGGGUGGAAAAUAAUGCAAGUGCAGUGCAGGCCAUGGAUGUCCACAAAGACGCACUAAAGGUCCGCAUUUCAAGUUUAAAGGAAGAGUCAUCCCAGAUUGAGAAUCGUAUUGCUGCCAUUAACAGAGACGCGCUUCCAGCGCUGGUCCGGGAGAGGGCCCAGUUAUUGAAUAUGCCGGUCGUAAAAGGAGACUACGAUGUGCAGAUUGCCCAUCACAAUUUAUAUUUAUCAAGACAGGACGUGGUGUGCGACCAUCUGAUGAAGCAGAAGGCCUCUUUUGAGCUUCUCCAGCUUGGAUAUGAACUGGAACUGAGGAAGCAAAGAAAUGUUAACCGUCAAUUGGAGAUGACAAUUGGAGACCUGAGACAAGAUGCAGAGAGACUGGAGACCAGGCUACUGAUGAUGUCCGAUGACACUUUGUUAUCGGCAGACAAACCCAGGACUAACAUUGACUCUAAAGACACAUCUUCUCAUGGGUUAUUCCAGCUUCUGGAUGGAGAUGACACACAGAAACUGUUCAGAACGUACAGCAGCUUGGAAUCCGUUGCUCUGAAAUUGUCCCAGGAAGUCCACUCUGUAAAAAAUCAGCUAGCUGUUUGUGAGCAAGAACAGUCCUUUCUCCUGUCAAAGCUGGAGACAAAUAUGAAAUCACUGCAAGAUUUUAUGUAUCCUGAUGGGAACGAAUUAAUGCUGCAGACCCCGGAGGUGUCUGCUAAUUUCCAGCAUUUACACGCCAAUCUAGACAAACUCAACCGGAUUUUACUGGAGGUUCUCGGAGAUCUCAAAGUAAAGAGGAAGGUCUUGGAGUCCAGCAAGUUUGACAAGCUGGAGAAACAAGUUUAUGUAUACUUCUUCCAGAAUGAAGAGCUUUUAAAGACUGUUGUGGAAAGCCUGGAGUCCCAGACAGAGGUCCAAUCCACUACAUAACCUCAUGUAUUUUAGUACAAUCAUGUGCCAUUCU